AUGUCUGCACCAACUUAUGUUCGAUCCGGCCGUGGUGGUGCUGGAAACUUUGCCCCAAAGGUAGCAAAGCCAUUGGAGGUCGAAAUGCAAUCCAAGCCUGUUGACCUCGAAGCCCAGCAACCAUCCGACCCCGCAGAUGCCACUUCGGUCAUCGAUGGACCAGCCACCGCUGCCCCACAGUACAAGACCUACGCCAGAGGCGGUGCAGGUAAUUGGUAUGAACCUGCAGCACUAAAGGAAACCGGCACUUUCAACAGUAAUCCGGCUGCUACCGAGGACACCUCUGCUGAGAAGCGCAGCUCGCGAGUUUGGCAAGGCCGUGGCGGCGCCGGUAACUGGGAAGCGGACCAGCAGAUGAAAGAAGAAAUCAAGCGGAAGAGUCUGCUCGCCCAGACGGAUGAGGAGGCCCUGGCAGCCACCCUUCAUGAGAUCAAGAAGGAAGCCAAGAUCGAGGCCGAGAAGGAGAUUAAACCACCUAGGACUGCACAUGUCCACGUUCCACACUUGGACAAACACCAAAAUAUUGGUGAUGAAGUCCACGAUAUCUAA